GCCUCCACCUCUAGCUAUUAAUUCCCGUUGCGUGGUAACGUGAAAAUUGAUAGCUCCAACACCUCUCCAACACCAGAUAAUCCACCAGUUAGGCUUGUAAAACCGUCGAGAAUAUCUCCCUGUCUCAGCAUGGCGGGGGUUAAAAUGGACUAUGUCAAGUCGUUGCCUGGAAUACUGAAAAUUAUUGAAUUUGUGUUUUUGCUCCACGCCUUUUCGUGUAUGGCUGAUUGUUGUGGUAAUGGUAGCGGGAGAUAUGCAUUUUUCCUGGCCAUGACAAUAAUCGCCUGGAUCAUGGUUAUAAUCAUCUUUUUGGUUUUCUUCCUUGACCAAACCUCUGCCAUUCCACAGUUAAACUGGCAAUAUGUCGUAUUGUUCAGCAGCAUCGCCUGGGCUGUCCUUCUGCUCAUUUGCAGCGCUUUGAUGGCUGACGUGUCCUCUGACACCCGACACUAUCGCGAUUGGCAGGGUUACGGUAUCAGGAACUAUUACGUCAAGUGGUGGGACACCAUGACAGCUGGCGUGGUGUUUGGUUUCCUUGCCAUGCUUGUGUUUAUCAUCGAUGCUGUUGUUCACGCAAAAGGAGUCUCCUUCUCAGGCGGUGGAGGUGGAGGUGGCAAGGCUGGCCAGCCAACCCCAGCUUAGAGCAAAACAAUGAUCAAAGGGUAGAGAGAGCGCACAGUUUUAGCAGGGGCUUAGCCUCCUCUGCAGGCAUCUCUUCUCAUCGAAAAGAAAAAGCUCUUUUUUUCCGUUGCGGGUUUCCUGUGGCGAAUUAAGGAGAAAAAAACACACAAACACAAACAAAACACACACGAACACAGGAAUCCCGAAUCUGAAUAAAGGCCAUUACAAAGUAGAGUUGCCUGCAAAGAAGGCUAUCAAGGGCUCAUAAGUAGGGGGAAUAGGCGAUCCCAACUGUAAGUGCGCGCGCUCGUUUUCAUUCACAAAUGCAAAUGCCGAGGCCAGCUACCACAACUACCAGAAUGCAGCGCGCGCGUUUGCAAAUUUGUUCGACAAAUCUACUACAGGUGCCGACAUGCUGUUUGCGAGUGCGUUUUAGCUGGAAUGGCCUAUUAACUUGCCCGCAUUCUGGUGCAACGGCGUUUUCCUGAAUCGGGUUAUUUUUAGAUGCUCUGUUAGCGAAUCAGAUAACACCGCGGUCAAAUGUCGACUUUGUCUCAAAGUAAUCCAAAAUAGCUGCCGAGAAGGGGGGAUAACGCCUGCUUAUGAGCCCCCGGUUAGGGUAGUGCAAGUAACACAACUUUUUCCCUAUAAAUCAAACUGACAGUAAGGCUACAUUUCGUUUGUUUUCGCAAAAUUUUUCAAUCUUUUUUUAUUUUAUUCCUAUUUCAAAAUUAAUCCAAUCAGGUGCAUUAUAGUGACAGUAUUGUGCAGUAAAAGGUAGAAGUAAAACUUUCGAUGUAUGUCGUGCUUUCUUGUCUAUCUUUUGCCUCCUUGUCAAUCUAAGAGCGCAAAACUCAUAACUCGCAUGAUUCUAAUAACAAUGACAAUGACAAUGACAAUGACAAUGACAAUGACAAU